GACCAUGGGGUGAGGUGGGCCUCCAAGGGCCACCAGGUAACAAGGGGCCCCCAGGAUUAGUUGGGCCCCGUGGAGUUGUAGGUUACCCAGGUAAAGAUGGACCACAAGGAGGUAUUGGGCCAGUGGCAGACAAAGGGGAUAAGGGGUCCAGAGGAGCUAUCGGACAGAAGGGAGUUGUUGGUGUCGAUGGGCCCAACUGGAUUGUGGGGGCCAAUGGGGCCACCAAGACUUAAGGGGCUACCGGGUGAAAAGGGGAAGAUGGGCGCUCAGGGGGAAAGAGGUGGAAAAGGGAUCCAGGGAGACAGGGGCAACCAAGGUCAACAAGGACCAAAGGGCCCACUGGGGAAAGAAGGAUACUUAGGGCCAUCAGGGGACAGAGGGAAAGAAGGAGCUUCAGGACUCAAGGGCCAGCCGGGCAUCAGAGGCCCUUCAGGUCUCGCUGGGCGUUACGGACCAGGGGGCAACACCGGAAGAGGCCGGGCCAAGGGAGAGAAGGGGCUCCCCGGAACCACAGGGCCUCCUGGAAGGUUUGGGCCUACAGGCUUAGUUGGACCAAAAGGACCAACAGGUUUACCAGGAAAAAGAGGAGUCGAUGGAAAAAGUGGACUUGGUGGACUUAAGGGAGAUUAUGGGGAGAGGGGAAAGACUGGGACUGGUGGUGUCAAAGGAGACAUGGGAUUGCAAGGUCCAAGCGGGAAGAAAGGAGAGUCUGGAACAGGAGGCAAAAUGGGGACAUUGGGAAAGAGGGGGUUCACCGGGUCUCCAGGAGGUAAAGGCAGACCUGGGCCUGCUGGUGCCCCUGGAGAGAAAGGUGGUAAAGGAAUAGAAGGGCCAAAGGGAUUGCAUGGCAGCCCAGGAAAGAGGGGAGGCAGGGGAGUUAGAGGCAAACCAGGAGAGGAAGGCCCAUUGGGACCAGAUGGACCAGUUGGAAGAUCUGGAAAGCCAGGACUUGCUGGUUUGGAUGGAUUGCUGGGGGUUGAAGGAAAUGAAGGAGAUAAUGGUGAUAUUGGUUACAGAGGAACCCCUGGGAGACCUGGUUUACCAGGGAAGAUGGGUCAAAGUGGACAACCUGGAUUGAGUGGUGGUUACGGAGCACCAGGGUCAAAGGGUAAUCUUGGAUCAAAAGGAAAACGAGGACCUGCAGGGCCAAUGGGGCCACGGGGUAUUCCAGGGUUUGGAGGAGCAAAGGGGAAGUUUGGCCAGCAUGGAUCAAAGGGUCAGGCUGGCAGCAGAGGCCUGCAGGGACAUAUUGGACCGCGAGGAAUCAAAGGGAAUCCAGGACUGCCGGGGAAUAAAGGGCGGCUAGGUCCAAAAGGCAUACAGGGAGACAUUGGUCCUCGUGGUCCACCUGGGAAAAAGGGCUUCCCUGGUCUACCGGGUCUCUUUGGAAAUAGGGGAAUGAAGGGGAUACAAGGAAUGCCUGGAGUUAAGGGACUGAAAGGUGCGCGUGGACAACCAGGAAAACCAGGUCCUCCUGGGGGUCCAAGAAACAGGCGUCCUGGAGCCCUUGAUAAAAGAAGAGGAUCCAAAAAACAAACUCGGGCCAUGACCAGGAGAACGCUUACCUCACUGCCUGAACAGAACCCAAGCAGCUCCAUCAGCUGGCAUCAGGGUACCAAAGACAGCCCUGCAACCACCUGCCACGAGCUGGGGCUGAUUCGCCCACACCUGCAGGAUGGAUACUUCUACAUGGACCCUAACCAGGGCUGCCCAUUUGAUGCCGUGCAAGUCUUUUGUAACUUCACUGCAGGAGGGAUGACCUGUAUACCUCCUGUCCAGUCACAGAUAAUAGGAAAAUGGGAACCAGAAAAAAACAUGUCAAAAAAGUAUAUCCAGUGGUUUAGCCAGCUUGAUGGUGGCUAUAAGUCUGAGUAUGCUGGUCUUGAUGUGGUCCAGCUCCGAUUUCUACGGUUACACAGCCACUCUGCCUCUCAGCACCUGACCAUCUCCUGCCCGUUUAACCACAAUAAUAGAGAAAUCAGGAAAAAUGCAACAAACAGGGUUCUUCACUUUCUGGGAGACUCUGGUGGGGAGAUUGGUUCAAGCUAUAUGACAGUAUCGAGGAAUGGUUGUGAAGUGGAGGUGGAGGUACGAGUGAGGGGAAGCACAGAGAUCCACAGAGGGGACAUGGAGCUGCUGCCCCUCAGGGAUGUUAGUAUGGAGGGAAGGGGAGACCACUGGGACACAGACCUCAGAGCUGUCCUAGGACCUUUGUGCUUUUUGUAGCCUCAGCUUAUCCAUAGAGAAGCAGCUGUUUCUCCCAGAAGCAGCAAGCUCUGACCAGUGUAUGGGUCAUGAACAUUUGGGUGCAAUUCCUCUUCAGGACAAAAGAAAGAGAUAUCAUCAUGUUGUGUGAUCGCUGUAGCAUUUGUGUAAUUGUGAUAAAAACUAGAGCUAUAUAAUAAAAUAUGUAUUUUAGAGUUAUUUGUUAAUCUUGUUAUCAUAUGUGUCUUUUAUAAAGAAAAAUAUAAAGCUGUUGUGUUGUUUGUAUCUCCCGCAUUUCUAUUUUUUUUGAAUGAUUCAUUUUUCUUAGUGAUGUACUGUGUGUAUAUAUGCUUCAUAUUAGAUUCAUGUGGAUGUUUUAUUUAAUUGUUAAGCUUUUGUAAGUAGUCUUAGCUAUUAUUUGAUGUCUUGUUUUUUAUUCCUGUCGACUAAUACCUGAAGUCUUGAUGAACACCAAUAUCUGGAUGGUCUAAACUUCAAAUUGUUAUAAAUUGAAACAUUUGAAAUGUCACUUCAGUUUACUUUACAAUAACUUGAGCACACAUUUUAUGGUUUAUACCUCAAAUGCAGUAAACAGUAGUACACCCUGUUCUCACAAAUGGAAUUAACCAUAAUAUGUGCAAUGAAUUAUAAAAACUGUUUUCGUAAGAUGAUGGAAAACUGUUGUAGUAGGCUGCUGUAUUUAUUACAUAACAUCAUUUGCAGGACAAUAAACCCGA